AUGGCCCUGUUCAACAGCCGCGGCACUGGCCGCCUGCACGACGGUGACGACGAGGAUGCAGAGCUGAUGCUGUUUGAAGUGCAGCCCGCACCGCCAGAGGUUAUCGCCUGGCGGAUCGAGCAGGUGGUCCAGGACAUCCUGCGGCAACUGCUGGGCGCGAUGACCAAUGAUGGUGAUCGCAGUGGUGAUAGUACCGGCGCCGGUGGCAGUGCUGGUGCGGGCGUCACGGUGAAAGUGCCCGUGCUCGUGCCCCACUUUGACCCACACCGCAUGUACUAUGCAUGCCGCGUCAGGUUUCGGCGCGAGAGCAUCUUCGAGCCCCGCAUUGUGCGGGCACUGGACGUCAUGCGCGAGAUCUACGUGUGCGUCACCUCCAUCGCCCCGAGAUCCAUCCGGGACGUGUAUUACUCAAACAUCGACCUGUUCGGGCAAACGCAGCACUCCGCCGAUCGUGCCAUCUUUCUGGUAAGCUGCAUGCUUGGUGUGCCAAGGCGUUCCCUCUUGCUCAGCACCAGCUCCCGUGGCCUGUACCACGGUCCCGUCGAGGUCUUCCUUCCCCAGCACAGAGAAGCGCCGGUGACUCUACACGACAUGACGAACAACCACAUCAACAACAACGACGAACAACAGCAGCAACAGCAACAACAGCAAGCCCACCAAUCACAGCAAGAACAGGAGGAGCAGCAGCAGCAGCAGCAGCAGCAUCACGGUGGCACCCGGCCAAUUCCUGCGAUCACAGAUGACCUUCGACUCCACGUGACAGCGACCUGUGCCCUCGUCGUUGAGAAGGAUGCCAUCCUUCAGCAACUUGUGGAUUGCAACUUCGCCGAGACCCACAACUGUCUCCUUAUCACGGGCAAAGGCUUCCCUGGGGUGGACACCCGAUACUUUGUGAGGCUGGUGGCAGAGCAGGUGCCUGUCUAUGUCGUGGUCGACGCCGAUGCGCACGGGCUCGAGAUACUCUGCACGUAUGCGUACGGAAGCCAGUCCCUCGCAUUCCAGAACCACGAAUUGGCCGUCCCGCACAUUCGCUGGCUUGGCGUCUUUCCGUCAGACCUCACAGAGUUCAACGUCGCCCUCCACCCGCAGAGCCGAAUGUCUGACAGGGAAUACCGCCUUCUCGAGGCGCUGAGUGAACGGGAGCAUCUCCCACAACAGAUGCGAGAAGAGCUGCUCCUGUUGCAAAGGAUGGAGCACAAGGCUGAGAUUGAAAUCCUCAACUCGCCAGAACGGCCGCGCUUCCUUGUCGAACACUACCUCCCGUGGAAGUUGCACACAAACGCAGCCAUCCCAAUGAACUCACACUAG